CCCUCGGUUGGGGCACUCUUCGAUCGCCCGCUCUCUCGAAGAGGAUUCCUGGAUCUUCCUUCGCCAUCUUCCAACCCUCUCUCGAUUUCAUCCCAGAUGAACGUGCUCCAAGUGCUUAUUUUCUGGUUAUAAAUGCUAUACUUAUAUUUCUCUGGAGACACAAUGGUGACAAUUGCUCUCCCAUCUUCCUGUAUGCUCAAGAGCAGCUCCAAGGGCUGGCUUUCUUCUGUGUUGAUUAGGAGUCCAUCCUCGCUUAGCUCCUUGAGGUGUAUCACAAAAACAUCAAGCUUAAGGAUGGCCAACCACUUCAGGGCAUCGGCUAUGGCCGUUUACAAGGUGAAGCUCAUUGGACCAGAGGGGCAGGAGCAUGAAUUUGAUGCUCCAGAUGAUGCCUACAUUCUGGACUCAGCUGAGACGGCAGGAGUGGAGCUGCCGUACUCAUGCCGUGCCGGUGCGUGUUCCAGCUGUGCAGGCCAGAUGGUGUCUGGUGCUGUUGAUCAGUCAGAUGGAUCCUUCCUUGAUGAUUCACAGAUUUCAAAGGGUUACAUGCUGACUUGUGUUGCCUAUCCCAUGUCAGAUUGUGUCAUUCAGACACACAAGGAAAGUGAUCUGUACUGAUGGCCGUUGAUCAGUUUGUUGUGCUUCACUCUUCCUUUGGUUUGAACCUUAUCAGACUGUAUUGUGGGUCAGGUUUUUGUUGCGUUCAAGAAUCUGCUGUUUCUUACAAGGAUUUUAAUCUCAAUAGUUUGUUCCCAGCAUCA